CGUGUGCAGCCAUGGCAGCUCCCGGCGUUUGCUUGCCACAAAAAAUGCCUUCAAAAGUGCUGAGACAGAAGGCCGAAGAAUUUUUGGCAUCUAGAAAAUAUGCCAAUAACCUCUUAGACAUCAUAGGAGAGUGGGACGAGUCCCAUACAUCAUGCAUUCUUACCCUGGAGAUGAUAUUCCUUGAUGUUUUGACCAAUGGAAAUAUGUAUCAGGAACAUAGCAUAACUCUCACCAUUUCUGAACCCAGUCCAGAAUCUCGUUACAUAUCCUGGCUACGUAACUGCUAUGAACAAGUAUGGGAAAAGUUGCUACAUUCGUUGGAAAACAGUCGGCCAGCAGUGCAACUGCAGGCUUUAUCAACUGCCCUCAAACUAAUGGCAGCGGAAGGAAAAGUGCCUUUGGACCCCACCGAUACCUUUAGCUACUAUUUCCCAUUACAUAGAUUGAAGCCAAUACUGAUGAAGUUACUAUCACCUGAUAAAAACAAUACAAAUCUUAUUGCACGAUUCCAAGAAAUUGCUUCUUAUUCCGAUGGGCUUUAUUAUACAUGGAAGAGUUUGCCUACCCUGACUCCAAGGAAACAGCCUAAGGAUAUGUACAUAAAAAAUCUAUUGGAACUCAUCGAUAAGAUUCCUCUGCCUGAAGAUGGUAAAGGUGAGAAAGAUGAGGAGUGUAAGCUGCUGUGCAGCCCACAACAAGGAGAAGGUAACAGGUCUUUCACCUGGGAUCAGCUAGGAGCCAAACGAGCCUUGAACAAAGUGUGGGCUUGUGUAAUGCACUGGGAUCUAGGAACGGAAGUUCACAAAAGGAUGCUUGUUGUGCUUCUGGAACGUGUAAUUCAGCACUUAGACAAACCCAUUCUAUUAACAGAUUUUCUUAUGGACUCAUUAGACGUGGAUGGUCCUAUAGGGAUGCUUGCACUUCAAGGAGUCUUCAUACUGGUUACCAAACACAAUCUAGACUAUCCCAACAUAUUUACGAAAUUGUACUCCAUGUUUGAACCAGAAAUAUUUCACACAAAAUAUAAAGCCCGGCUGUUCUAUCUGUCAGAUAUGUUUCUCAGUUCAACACAUUUACCUGAAGCACUGGUAGCAGCAUUCGCCAAACGAUUGGCACGUCUCACGUUAGUCGCUCCUCCAGAAGAUAUUCUGAUAAUUUUAUUAUUCGUGGGUAACCUACUGCUGAGACACCCAGGUCUGAAGCGGAUGAUCGAUCAUCCAGAAGGCGGUGAAGUCAAAGAAAGUAGCGGAGGUGACCCGUUCAAUAUGGAAGAACGAGACCCAUUACUAAGCAAUGCUCUGGUGAGUAGUUUGUGGGAAAUUAGAGCCCUACAGUGGCAUACACUACCUGGCGUAGCUGCUGCCGCUCGUUUCAUCCGCGACCCACUUCCUUCUGUCGAGUACGAUAUGGCUGCUGCUCUGGAGCGCACAAGUGAUGAUAUCUUUGAACGUGAAAUGAAAAACAAAGUCAAAGAAAUAAUGUUGACCUUUGAACGUCCGACUUCUAUGGCUUUACCAAAGGGUGAACGGUUGCUACAGUACUGGCAACUUACGACCAUACAUUGAGUGCGACGGACUACAAAGUUUUCGUUUUCAAAAAUACUUGGCAAAAAGUAAAGGCCUGAUGCUGUUGAAUACCAAGAAAAUUGAAGCAAAGCUUGUUACUUGAUAGAAGCAUGUCGCAGUUUCAGCAGAUCGUUUAUGCAUUCACCCUGCAUUGUCGUUCCAAUCGUCCGCAACAGAAAAGAAACUGUUCGGGGUGUAAUUCAUAUCUACGUUCAAGUUCGUUAACCCUCAUAGCUCUAUCAAUUGGGAAUUUAAUCUCGAACUAAAACAUCAUAAGUGCGGUUUUUUAAUUAUCGAAAUUCGAACAAUAGUGCGCGAUUUCAUUGUCUUUUCCAAAGUUAUGUGCUAUUAAGUUAGAUUCUGCUGAAAUGCGUCCAAUAUUCUAUCAUAAUGAAGCCAGAAUAACAGUUUUUAAAUAUCUAUCUCGUGUAUGUACAGUAUAAGGUUACAAAAACUGUGCAAUUUGUUUCUGGUUGGACUUCUUUGGCAAAUUCAUUGGCAACAUCGAGACAGUAAAUCGAGUCCAUUUCAUAUUUUAUUUUACGUGUAUGUCUAGUUGUCUGACUUUAUUCGGUGAAACAGGUGAAGAAAAUCGUAAUGGUUUGAAAGUUUACAUUUUUCUUCAAAAAAUCAGUGAGACCGACAAACGAAUCCGUGAAAUGAUACAAUGUAAUCUCAAACAAUUACUGCAGGAUGUAGGAGAAAGUAACGGAC